UUGUUUGGGAAAAUUAAAAUAAGAGAAGAGGCCGAAAUAAUAGGCAAAAAACAUUAUGGCUACGUUAACGUAGGGAAUGAUUUAUGUGGCGACGAAGUAGAAAUCGCAAAAGAAAUACUUGUGUUUAUGGUUGUUGCUGUUAAUGGGUAUUGGAAAUUACCUAUUGGUUUCCUUCCUGCUAAAAGUUUUACAGCUUCAGAAAAAGCUAGAUUAUUAAAAAUAAGCCUAGAUUUAUUAAAAGAUGCAAAUUGUAAUGUUAUUGCAAUAACUUUUGACGGAAUUGCAUCUAAUUUAAAUAUGAUGCAAUAUCUUGGCGCAUCUGUUACGACGCCACCUUAUAAACCAUAUUUUAACAGAAAAUAUAUUAUGUUGUUUGAUCCAUGCCAUCUAAUUAAGUUGAUUAGAAAUUAUUUUGGGGAUCACAAAGUAUUUUAUGAUAAUAUUGGCCGCAAAAUUGAAUUUAAGUUUGUACAACAGCUACACAUUUUACAAAAAAAUGAAGGCUUACAUCUUGCAAAUAAAUUAUCUGCACGACAUAUUAAUUUCAGGACCCAAAAAAUGAAAGUCCGUCUAGCUGCACAAUUGUUAAGUAGGUCAGUAGCUAUUGCUAUAGAUGUGUGUGAAAAUGAUCUUCACAUUUCUGAAUUUGAGAAUUCAUCCGCAACGGUACAGUUUCUUCAUAAUGUCAACAACAUUUUUGACAUAUUUAACUCGAGGAAUUUAAAUAACUUAGGUCUCAAAAAGCCGCUUUGUCCGAGUAACAAAGCAGACAUUUUUCAGAAUCUUGAUGAAUUAUAUGAGUAUUUUCAAAAUCUCAGAUGUGAAGACGGUAGAUUUUUGAUAAGUACCCCGAAACGGUUAGGGUUCUUAGGAUUUGUAAAUAACAUAAUUGCACUAAAAUGGAUCUAUGUUAAUUACGUAGAGAAGCAAGAUAAUCUUAAAUUUCUUCCAACGUACAAAUUGUCACAGGACCAUUUAGAAAUGUUUUUUAGCGCAAUUCGGUCAAAAGGAGGUUUUAAUAACAAUCCUAGCGUGAAAAAUUUUAUACCAGCUUACAAAAGGUUGAUCUGCCACACUGAAAUAAAAAUAAGUGAAAGUGCUAAUUGCUUGGAAUUGGAAAAAAUUGCAGUAUUUUCUACUAGCACCAUGUCGUCUAUAGAUAAAAUUAAUACUUCAUCGAACUAUAACACAAUUUUCAACGAAUUGUUACAUAGUAAUUUUUCCGCAGAAAAUGAAGAAAAUGAUUUAGACGACGUAGAUGUUCUUGUAGAUAAUACUACUUCUUUGUCCCAGAUAUCUAUGAUGAUCGUUGCUUAUAUUUCGGGUAACAUUAUGAAAAGAAUAAAUAAAAAAAUCAAGUGCGAUGUCUGUGUACAAAGUUGUAUGUCAAGUUCAUCGAAAAUUUUUCAUAACUCAUUAAUUAUCAAAAGAGAUUAUUCGAAAAAAAAUGACGGCUAUCUCACAUACCCAUCUAAUGAUGUUAUCAAGUUAUGUUGUAGUGCUGAACGUUAUUUUAGAGAAAAUAUGAAGAGGAAAAGAAUGGACGAAACCAUUUUCGCCAAAAACGUAUUGAACGUUAUACAUAAUAACCAACACUUGUUUAAUGAUUUAAAAUGUCAUGCUUUUGAUCAAGACCCGUUGGAUAAUCAUAUAUAUUUUCUUAUGAAAAGUAUAAUCGAACUUUAUUUUGACUUAAGACUGAAGGGCGAAUAA